CAUCCAGUUUGCAUUCAGAGUGAACAGUCGUGCCGAAACAACUAGUUAUACGAGGAAAAUAAGUCGAGAAAUAUCCUUACAAGUGUGUACUACAGUGAAGUUAAAAUGUUCAAAAUACUACCCGUACUACUGUUAUGUAGUAGAUUAUUAGAAGCAGCCAUGUACUCGCCUGGUGGAAUGAAAUAUCCAGGUCCAUCUAACGCACGCCAAGGUCGAAACGAUCCUGCGGUCCCAUGCACAAGAAAGGAUGGUCAGGUAGGAGAGUGUGUUCCAUACUAUCUAUGCAAUGAAAACAUUAACUCUCCCUCUAAUUACCACGGAAGUAUUGACGUCAUUGUUCAAGGCGAUCAAUGUACUUCGUCAAUAGAUACUUGCUGCCUACGAUCAGAAAGGAGACCUCCUAACCAACCAGUUAAACCCGUACAGCCUACAGCCCGUACAGGAUGCGGCUGGGCUAACCCUGAUGGCGUAAGCUUCAUAAACAUUAAUGGAAAUAAUGGUGAAACUAAAUUCGGAGAAUUCCCAUGGAUGGUGGCCAUUCUUAAUAGAGAUCAAGAUAACAAAAAUCAAUCAGGUGACCAACAACCUCAUGCAUUUAUCGGCGGAGGCUCAUUAAUCCACCCAAGCGUUGUUUUAACUGCAGCCCACGUAGUAAAAGAUGCCAAAUCUUUGGUAAUCAGAGCAGGAGAUUGGGAUACACAGACUGACAAAGAAAUCUACCCUUACCAAGAAAGGAAUGUAGAAUCCGUUCGGAUUCAUGAAGAUUUUGUUGCUGGGAACUUAUUCUAUGAUAUCGCUGUUGUAUUCCUAGCUGAACCAGUUCAACUGACUCCGAAUGUUGGAGUAGUUUGCUUACCAACUGCUGGAAUCCACCAAGAGGAAGGCAAUCGAUGCAUUGCUACAGGUUGGGGUAAAGAUAAAUUUGGUAAAGAAGGACGGUAUGCUGUUAUUUUGAAGAAGGUUGAUCUACCGGUAGUGAAGCAUGAUAAAUGUGAAUUAGCUCUUCGGAAGACUCGUUUGGGGGAACUGUUUUUACUGCAUUCUUCGUUCAUGUGUGCUGGAGGUGAGCCAGAUAAGGAUAGUUGUACGGGAGAUGGUGGGUCACCAUUGUCGUGUCCUAUUGAGUAUUCCAAAGACCGUUAUGUGCAAGGAGGAAUCGUAUCCUGGGGUAUCGGAUGCGGAGGAGGUGGAAUUCCUGGUGUUUUCGUUGAUGUGUCUGGUUUAAGGAACUGGAUUGAUGAUAAAGUGGCUGGUAAAGGUUAUGACACUAGAGUUUAUACUUACUAAUGUAUGGUAAAGUGUUUUUGAUGUUCUAGCUGUGUGAACUAUUUUAUGUUAUUGUCAACUGGAUAAGAUGCUUCUUAUCGUGUACCUACUCGUAUGUGCUUUAUUUAAUUUUAUUUUGUUUUCAUUAUAAAAUGAUUGCCUAAAGUGAAAAAUAUUCUGUGAAAUACUCUUUGUCAUAAAUUGUAUGUGUAAUUCUAAUUGUAAAUGUAACUUGCUUUAUAUGUAUUUUUAUAAAAAUAGAGUUAUUGAAGGAAUCCCCUACUUAAAGUAACAUAAUAUUGCAUUUAUUUAAAUAAGGAUAAAUUAAACUUUAUAAAUCAAAAUA